AUGAAUAACAAGAAUGCAUCCUCUUCCUUCAUAUAUCGAUUGAUUUUACCGCAUCUGAGGGAGGAUUUUGAUCUAAGGCCGAAAGAUAUUCGUCUUCUAGUGCAAAAAGCCACCAACUUGGAUGUAUCAUAUCACAAGUGUUGGAAUGCUAGGAGGAAGACGAUGAUAAAAAUAUUCGGUGAUUGGGAUAAAUCGUAUGAGAUCUUACCUCAUUAUCUUGAAGCACUCAAAAGAGAAAAUCCAGGAACUGUCUACGAAGUAUCUUCGGACCCCGUUGAUGGCGGAGAUCGACGGUUCACCGAUGUAUUUUGGGCAUUUGGGCCAUGUAUUGAAGGGUUUCGAUAUUAUCUUCCUCUUCUUAGCAUUGAUGGCACCCACUUAUACGACAAGUACAAAGGUGAUUUGUUUGUUGCCACCGGAGUUGAUGCAGAUGGCGGUUUGUUUCCUUUGACGUUUGCAGUGGUUGAUAUUGAAAACACAGAGAAUUGGGCGUGGUUUUUUACAUGCAUUAGAUAUCAUAUCCCUAGUGUGGGUGCGCGGCUGAUUACAUUCAUAUCUGAUAGGAUGAAAGGAAUUCCAAGAGCACUCCAACGUCAUUUCCCGUCACCACAUGCACAUCGUUAUUGCUUGCGACAUAUUAGGGACAACUUCAAGAAGAAAUUUGGAAACGGUCAGGUUCAAGAUCUUCUUUGGCAAGCCGGCUGUGCAACAGAAAAAUUAGUUUAUGACCAAAUACGAGAGAGGAUUAAGUUUAUCUCCCGAGCUGCACAUGAUUGGAUCGAAACUAGUUUGGGACCACACAAUGUUGAUAAGUGGGCUUUAUGUGAAGAUGGCGGGAGACGGUUCUGUAUGAUGACUACGAACGCUUCAGAGAGUUUCAAUGGCGUACUCAGGGGAGCACGCGGUAUGCCAAUACAGUCACUAGUUGCUAAAACAUUCUACAGACUUAAUAACUUCCCAAUACAGUCACUAGUUGCUAAAACAUUCUACAGACUUAAUAACUUCUUUCUACGACGUCGCGAACUUAGUGAAAAUAUCCGCUCGGAGCUCAUACCGAAAAAUGAUGAAAUGUUAGCGGCUCGGAUUGUACAAGCUCGAUCCUUUCAUGUCGUAAGAUACAGUUUUAAUGAAUGGGAAGUCAUUGAGGGAAUAUCACAUAGAGAAAAUCGCUCUUAUAAAGUUAACAUGUUAGUGGAUCACUUGUGUACGUGCACUUGCAACGUACCGUAA